AUGCUCGACUUCACCCUCUCCCCCUCCCAACAAACCCAACGCGCCGAAGCCCGCCUCUUCGCCACCAAAGUCCUCACCACCGCCCACGAAAGCUAUGCCUCCCUCCCCACGCAAAGCGAGCGCUUCCGCUCCAUCCGUCCCUUCUACCGCAUCGCGGUCCAGGGUGGCAUGCUCAAAUCCCAAAUCCCCACUCCCCUAGGCGGAACCUGCGACUCCCUCGUCGACGCGGCCAUCGGGCUCGAGGAACUCUAUGCGACGAACCCCAGCGUCACGUUGACGGUGGCGGCGACGGGGUUGGGGCUGACGCCGUUGAUCAUGAGCGGGAAUGAGAGGUUGCAGAAGGAGUUUUUUCCGAUGUUUUUGAGUGGGGAGGGAGAGCCGAUGGCCAGUUUGGUGCACUCUGAGCCUGGGGGGACGGCGAAUUGGUUGGAGGUUGGGGGUAAGGGGUUGCAGACUACGGCGAGGAAGGAGGGAGAGGAGUGGGUUAUCAAUGGGGAGAAGGUCUGGACGACGAACAGCGGUGGAUGGGACGGGGAAGGAGCGGACUUGCAAUGUGUGGUUUGCCGCAAAGUCGUCGACGGCCAAGUCAACGGCGAUGCUCCAGGCGUCAAUCCAGCGGCGUCUAUCAUCGUCCUCUGCGUCACCCGCGAGAUCAUCGCCGCCAACGCCAAAGACGCAUACACCAUCCUCGACGAGCCGGAGUUGAUGGGCCACCCAGCAACAACAGGCCCGCACAGCCGCUUCAACAAUCUCCGCGUACCAGCAAGCAACGUCCUCGCCGACGGAGAGGCAGCAGCAGCACUCAUCGAGCAAUCUUUCACAGCAUCCGCUGCGCUCGUCGGCUCGUUCUCUGUAAGCGUCAUGCGAGCCGCCUUCGAGGCAGCUCUCGACUUCGCCAAGAACGACACUCGCGGUGGCAGCGUGCCCAUCAUCCAGCGCCAGAGCGUCGCAGACCUCUUGACGGAUAUCAAAAUGCGGACCGACUCAAGUCGACUCCUGACCUGGAAAGCCCUCCAUGCUCUUGAGAAUGGGCCUGGAGACUUCAAGUCCCGCCAGGAGCUGUGUUUGGAGGCUAAGAUCUUUUGCUCUGAUAAUUGUGUCAGGAGCGUGACGGAUGCUAUGAGCGCCGUUGGAAUGACUUCAUAUCGAAAAGCCUCGCCCUUCCCACGUCUGCUAAACGACGCAAUGUGCUUGCCAUUGUUCGACGGAGGAAACAUAGGCAUCAGAAGGCGACAGAUUGAGAAGAUCUUCCAGGCGGAUGAUUAUGAUCCUUGGGCAUCGUUUUGA